UGAUAAACUUAUGUUAAAAACAUUUCGUUACCAGAUCAUUGAACAUCUGUAAAAAAGAAGUUUUCAUUCAAGUCAUAGUCCCAUUAGGCCAGUCAUAGAACGCUCUAGUACUGCAAACGUCUGCUUGUUGAAAUCCACACGAAAUUUAUAUUUGCAGGUAUUUGCACUUAAUAGUUACAUGCACAUGUUAACAACGAUGCAAACCUUCAUGUUAAUGAAGUCCGAUGUGUAUCACUUUUAUUCAAUAUUUUAUAAGCUUUCUCAAAGUUCAUAUUGGUAACAACUGACAUUUUCUCUUCACGAGUUAAAGAAUUCUUGUGAAAUUCAUAAAUAACUGAAACGUAUAGUUGUUGACUCGUAGAAAAAAUGUGUUACAUGUUCUGCAUUUGAUAUUCUAUAGGGAAUAAUGAAAAUAGAUAGUUUCAGUUUCGAUUUGAAAAUUUUCUCUUUUUAACGUUAUACUGGCUCAUAGAAUUAUCCGAAAGAGCUAAUAUUUUGGUUUUCGAAGCUUCGACAGGUUCUCACUUCAAAGGAAAAAGAAAUUUCUGUUCGCUGUAAAAGUUGAAAAAUUGAGUUUACUGUACGUCGACCGGGACGUUCAUGAAGAACAUGAUUUACUGUCUCGAUAAACGUCGAUAAAAUGCAACGAGAAAAAGAUAUGUAUCUUGAAAUGUUAAGGAAUUGUAAAAUGAAAAAUGACGGCAAGUUUCAUCGAUGCUUUACGUAGUAGAAAAAUUGUUGAAAAUCAUCCAUAUUUCAACGCUUCACUCGAGGCUCUCCCUUAAGCCUACAUCGUUGACAAAUAGUCGAUUGUUGCCUGUUGUUUGACAGCAUCUAAUACACGUGUCUGCAAAAGAAAUGGCGAUUUUACUGUAUUACAUUGUCCCAACGAUUCAAAUCGAGUUCUUCGAAUUCCGGGCGAUCUAUCAAUACUUGGGAAUUAAUCAUUAACAAAUAAUCAAUCGAGUGUUUACUUACUGUUCGAUAGCGUUGCAUGCGCAUGUCGUGCGAAGAAGACCUGGAGCAAAUCAUAUUUAGAUAAUGUAUAAUCUUCAUUUUCCCGCGUGAAGUAUGAAGUAUGCCUCGACAGUCGAUCGCGGUCGAAACAACGAAAGAAAAUGUCUCUCAAGAAAAUGUCACCGAUUCUGCGAUUCUCCUGACAAGCCAGCAAAAUGACUCGGAAUCUCAGAUACAUAGAAACGAUCUCAGAAACGACCGAUUAAAAAUGGCAGUCCGAUUAAGCAGAGGCAGAGUAUAAUCGAACAGAACAGCUUCCAAUGCAGAAAAAAGAUUCCACCGAUUUGCAGGCUCGCAUCGAGUUACUGCUGCAACUGAUGACUAACCGACAUGCAGAAGACGAACAGACUUCAGAAGAUUCGGAUUUCGAGGAAAGCUCUGCGUCGGAAACAGAGGAGGAGGACGAGCCUGAUUACGCAGACAUCGAAUUACGAAACAACAGUAACGAAACCAGUCUUCGUUUGAGCAAAUUCUUCCAAGAGAUCGACGAGACGAAGAAAUACUCACCGUCGAGUACGGUAAACGAGGUUCGAGCCAAUACUCGGUUCGAAAAGAAGAUGUACAGAGUGAUCCCGAUGAAACUGGACCCCGGUACACCGAAAUUAAGAAGCUCGAUUGGCAAAAGCGAUGGGCGGCGCUAGACACGACGAAGUAUUAUCGAAAUACAUUUUAUUAAUAAAAAAAAAGAAGAAAACAA